AUGUUUUUACAGAUGGUUCUUAGAGCUGACAAAAGACCGUCACUGAAGAUGUUUGCCAAGCUGCAUGUGGUUGCACUGACCUUGUUUUCCAAAGGAUCCUUCCUUUCACUAGGUGACCACAACUUUGUAAGGAAAGAAAUUAAGAUUGAAGGAGAUCUGGUUUUUGGUGGUUUGUUCCCAAUUAAAGAAAAAGGCACUGGGGCUGAAGAAUGUGGGAGAAUCAAUGAAGACCGAGGAAUCCAGCGCUUGGAAGCCAUGUUAUUUGCUAUUGAUGCCAUCAACAGGGACAGCUAUUUGCUGCCAGGAAUUAAGCUUGGGGUUCACAUUUUGGACACCUGCUCCAGGGACACGUACGCAUUAGAACAGUCACUGGAGUUUGUCAGAGCAUCGUUGACUAAAGUGGACGAAGCAGAGUAUAUGUGCCCCGAUGGGUCAUAUGCAGUUCAAGAAAAUAUUCCAUUACACAUUGCAGGUGUCAUCGGCGGAUCUUACAGCAGCGUCUCCAUACAGGUAGCAAACCUGCUAAGGCUUUUCCAGAUCCCUCAGGUAAGCUAUGCCUCCACCAGUGCCAAGCUGAGUGACAAGUCCCGCUACGACUAUUUUGCACGCACGGUGCCCCCCGACUUCUACCAAGCAAAAGCCAUGGCAGAGAUCCUGAGAUUCUUUAACUGGACCUAUGUGUCAACCGUCGCUUCUGAAGGUGACUAUGGAGAAACGGGGAUCGAGGCAUUUGAACAAGAGGCACGGCUGCACAACAUAUGCAUCGCCACCUCAGAGAAGGUUGGACGCUCCAACAUUCGAAAAUCUUAUGACAGUGUCAUCCAGGAGCUGCUCCAGAAACCCAACGCAAAAGUUGUCGUCCUUUUCAUGCGCAGUGAUGACUCUCGGGAGCUCAUUGCUGCCGCCAACCGAUUCAAUGUGUCCUUUACAUGGGUUGCCAGCGAUGGGUGGGGAGCACAGGAAAGCGUCGUGAAGGGCAAUGAACACGUUGCUUAUGGGGCAAUAACCCUGGAGCUCGCUUCCCAUCCAGUGAAAGAAUUUGACCGAUAUUUCCAAAGCCUCAGUCCAGCCAACAACCAUCGUAAUCCCUGGUUCAAGGAUUUUUGGGAGCAGAAAUUUCAGUGCAGCCUUCAGCACAAAAACCCUCACCAAAAACCAUGUGACAAACACUUCUCUAUUAACAGCGCCAACUAUGAGCAAGAAUCCAAGAUCAUGUUUGUGGUGAACGCAGUAUAUGCGAUGGCCCACGCUGUGCAUAAAAUGCAACGGACUUUGUGUCCUAACACCACCAAGCUCUGUGAUGCGAUGAAGAAUCUGGAUGGCAAGAAGGUCUACAAAGACUACCUGCUGAAAGUCAACUUCACAGCUCCAUAUAGUUCUUCCAAAUCUGCAGACAACGUUGUUAAGUUUGACAUGUAUGGUGACGGGAUGGGCCGAUAUAAUGUCUUCAAUUUCCAACACAAUGGAGGCAAAUACUCCUACCUAAAAGUUGGCCAGUGGGCAGAGACUCUGACGCUCGACGUGGACGCCAUUCACUGGUCGAGGAGCCUCACUCCCACCUCCCAGUGCAGUGACCCCUGCGCACCCAAUGAAAUGAAGAGCAUGCAGCCGGGAGACGUCUGUUGCUGGAUCUGCAUCCCUUGCGAGCCCUUUGAGUACCUGGCGAACGAAUCGGCGUGCGCAGACUGCGGGCCUGGGCGGUGGCCGAGUGCUGAUCUCACCGGCUGUUACGACCUCUCCGAAGAUUACAUCGAGUGGGAAGAUGCCUGGGCAAUCGGGCCGGUGACCAUUGCAUGCCUGGGCUUUGUUUGUACCUUCCUAGUUGUGGGGGUCUUUAUCAAGCAUAACAACACCCCCCUGGUUAAAGCUUCGGGUCGGGAGCUGUGCUACAUCCUCCUCUUUGGAGUCUUCCUUUCCUACAGCAUGACGUUCUUUUUCAUUGCCAAGCCUUCUCCGGCCAUUUGCACCUUGCGCCGCUUGGGCCUGGGUACGUCCUUUGCCAUUUGCUAUGCUCCCCUGCUGACCAAAACAAACUGUAUUGCCAGAAUAUUUAAUGGGGUGAAGAACGGGGCUCAGCGGCCCAAAUUCAUCAGCCCCUGUUCGCAGGUCCUCAUCUGCCUGAGCCUUAUCAUGGUGCAGAUUGUGGUGGUGUCUGUGUGGCUGAUUUUGGAGGCCCCGGGCACCCGGCGGUUCACCCUUCCCGAGAAGCGGCAGACUGUCAUACUGAAGUGCAACGUCAAGGACUCCAGCAUGCUGAUCUCUUUAACAUACGACGUUAUCCUCGUAGUCCUAUGCACAGUGUAUGCCUUCAAAACACGGAAAUGCCCAGAAAACUUCAAUGAAGCCAAAUUUAUUGGUUUUACAAUGUACACAACGUGCAUCAUCUGGCUGGCGUUCCUCCCCAUCUUUUAUGUGACAUCGAGUGACUACAGGGUCCAGACCACAACCAUGUGCAUCUCCGUAAGCCUGAGCGGCUUCGUCGUCUUGGGGUGUUUGUUUGCUCCCAAAGUGCACAUUGUUCUUUUCCAGCCACAGAAGAACGUGGUCACUCACCGGCUGCACCUCAGCCGAUUCGGCAUCAGUGGCUUGGGAAUCACCUGUCCCCAAGCCUCAGCUCAUGUGUACGUGCCCACUGCCUGCAACGGACGGGAAGUCGCGGAUUCCACCUCCUCUUCUCUCUGA